GAAGACGUCUGCCUUCAUUAGACGAUCGACAGCUUCAGAGCAUUUUGAUUUCUACUAGUAACUAAGUACCUAUUCUAGCUGCAGUUGAUCAGCUGCAGCCCUCCACGCACCUGACGAAGGUAGGGCGCUGUCCUACUGGAGUGUUCCCUUCCGAACCUCUUGCCUCGUCCUAGAGAUUCUCUGCAAGAUGAUGCCUGCUCAUUGAAGUUGCUUUGAAGAGAAGAACGGUUGGUGAAUGCAUAAGUUUGCGCCAUCUUGGAACUGCAAAAGUGAAAUGUUUAUGGAGAAAUAAAGGAGUGUUCCAAUUGCUCAAUCACCUCUCUUCAACCGCACCAUCUGUCAACUCAAGGAAAAGUUUAGAGUCUGCUAUCCAUGGCGCCGAACGGCAGUCUUCCCCAGUCCGGCCGGCCCAAGAAGCGGGGGCGGCCCAGCAAAGCCGACAAGCUGGCCAUUGAGCUCGCUCGCCGGGUAGCAGGAGCAGUCUCAGCCGCCGCCGCCGCUGCCAAGGUUUCCGCCGCCAAAGCUCGAGAGCAAGUUCUCAAGCGGGGUCGUGGAAGGCCCCCACAAGCUUUGAAGGUUGAAGUGGAGGAAGAAAGUGAGCAGGAAGAGGAGGAGCCUCAGGAGGCUGUGCGGCCGAAGAACCGGAGGAAAGGCGCUCCUAGACGAGCCCCAGGGUCCACUGCAGAGUGGCUUCAGAGGCCUUUGUCAGCACCCAUAAUCAGACGGCAGCCAAGAGAUAUCAAGCACCUGGAUAUAACCGCGACAGAUAUAGGAAAGCGCGAAACGAAGAGGAAUCCCAAGUUCGACGAGUUUGUCACGUUUAGUCCCAGAAAGGUAGAGAGUUCCGCCGACGAGACGUCGCGAAAUCCGCUCAGUUCGGAGGCGGCAUCCGACUUCGAAACGGACUCGAACGCGGGGGUAGAGAGGCGAGAUGGCUCUCAGCUACGGGAGAGCUCUUUGCAACGAGAAAGCUCCUUACAAAACGGAGAAGGGCUUGAUGCGAAGAGAUGGGAGAACGUAACACAGGUCAUCAGAUGGGCUCGGGAUGCUGAGCUGCUUAGUAAAGAGGCGGCCGAACUGCUGAUUACCUUAGCCCACCAACAUGACAGCGUCUUAGAAGAAGCUGUUCAUGCGGUAGCUCCCGAAAAUGACGUAGCCGGGUUCCUUAGAGUCGCAGACGAUCUGCUCAGAAGAUGGUUGCAAGCAAGCAACGGAUGACCACAGUGCCUCUCAAUAAUGUCGUUCGUUGCAUGGGUGCCAGCGGCGACGAGGAGAAACUGUUGUUUAGACACGUGCUGCUGUAAUAUGGUGAAUACCGACUGUUGUGUUUUGUUGCUUUUUCAAAGAAAUAAUGACUCGUCCAACCAAGAAUGUCCAGUCCUGCAGUCUUGGG